CGACAAUCUCCAAAGAACCGGCUCCACACUCUCCCCAUCGCCGAAAAUCAUCAUGUCCCACGAAUCGGUCUGGUAUUCGCGUCCGCGCACCUACGGCAAGGGAAGCCGCUCCUGCCGCGUCUGCACCCACACGGCCGGUCUGAUCCGCAAGUACGGCUUGAACAUCUGCCGUCAGUGCUUCAGAGAAAAGGCGGCGGAUAUCGGCUUUGUCAAGCACCGAUAAAUGGAUUUUGAGGGAUGGAAGGGAGCUUGAUGAUCCAGUAUAAGAACGGGAAACGUGAUGCGGGAGGACGCUAAAGUCCAAGGCAGAAAAUGGAGUGGAUGAUGCAGAAAGACCGGCAUGGACUCAUUCAUGAUAUACGCAUACGUGCAGUCGUCGGAUAAUGGGUUCUGAAGCACUCAAGUGGCAGUCAUACACUGACAGCGAUACCCAUGCAUAUAACCUGCCCCUCCAAAAAAGCACUGCGCUUCUCAGAUCUUUACAAUGUCCACUCUUGCCCUCUCCCAC